CCCAAUUUUCUGUUAGUGCAGCAGAUAUUUAAGUUACAAAAUUGUCAAACAAUGACUGGUUUGGAACGUAGAGUUGCUUUGGUGGAUAUCUUAAAUAAGCCAUGUGGAACUCGAAUGCCUUUGAAAAAGGAACAAACUGUGAUUGCCUCAAAAAUAGAAAGAACUAUGGCCUCAAAAAUGGAACAUGUGAACAUAUGCAAAAAGCCAGAAGUUCUGCCACUGAAAGAACAUUUUACUGAAGAUGUAAUGAAGCUUGAGGCUCCACCAUCCCCUAUGGACACUUCAGUCUGCAUGUCUGAAGAGCUACAUGAAGCUUUCUCUAAUGAAAUCUUGCCUGUUGAAGAUGUUGAUAUGAAUGAUGGCAACAAUCCAAUUCUAUGUAGUGAAUAUGUUAAAGAUGUCUACAAAUAUUUAAGAGAACUUGAGACAAAACAGGCAGUGAGACCAAACUAUUUGAUGGGACAAAUGAUAACUGGAAACAUGCGUGCUAUCCUAAUUGACUGGCUUGUGCAGGUUCAGAUAAAAUUCAAGUUGCUACAAGAAACUAUGUACUUGACUGUGUCAAUCUUGGAUAGAUUUCUUCAGGAUAAUCCAGUAACUAAGAAGAAUUUACAACUUGUUGGUAUAACAGCAAUGUUUGUAGCUUCAAAAUAUGAAGAGACCUAUCCUCCAGAAAUUGGGGACUUUGUUAUUAUUGCUGAUGAUGCUUACUCUAGUGCUCAAAUACGACAAAUGGAAAGGUGGAUUUUGAAGAAACUUGACUUUUCUCUGGGUAAACCACUUCCACUGCACUUCCUCAGAAGAGCAUCAAAAGUUGCAGAAGUUAGCACUGAACACCACAUUCUGGCCAAAUACCUGAUGGAACUGACAAUGGGAGAUUAUGAGAUGGUGCAUUACCCUCCUUCCCAGAUUGCUGUAGCUGCCUUCCAUCUUGCUCAGAAAGUCUUUAAUUGUGGUAAAUGGACUCCCCUCUUGCAGCACUACAUCUCCUAUAGAGAGGAUGAAUUACUUCCUGUUAUGCAACACAUGGCUAAGAAUGUUGUGCAGGUUAAUAACCAACUCACCAAACACAUGACUGUUAGAAACAAGUAUGCUAGAAAAAGCCAAAUGAAGAUCAGCACCAUCCUGCAACUGACAUCUGUUUUCAUCUUCAACUUGUCAAAACCACUAAUGCCCUCCUCAAACUGCUUCAGUCUUUAAAGCACUGCUGUCUGAAACUAUAAGCACCAUUUUAAAGUUUUUGUUUUUAAAUCUGCUUUGCUUAAACUUUUUUAUAUUUGAAUUAA